AUGGGCUUCAGUUUUAAAAAAUCUGGGGAUAACUUCAAGGCGAUUAGUUUCUAUGAAGAAGCGCUGAAGAUGAUGGAAGAGGUGUUGGGUAAGAGUACGAACCAUCCAGACAUCGCUAUGAUGCUAGGCAACCUUGGAUCAACUUUCCACAAGGCAGGAGUACACACAAAGUCCAUCCAGUACUGCGAGCGAGCACUGGAAAUGAUAGAAGGUCUCGACAGUGAGAAUUCAGGGAAUCCUGACAUUGCUGAAUACCUCCAACUCGCGACGGUUUAUAAAGACCAUGGAAACUACACAAAAGCUAUUCAGCUCUGCGAGGAUGCGUUAGACAUGUUGAAAACCAUCCACGGCGCGAAUGAAACAGGUGGAGGGGACGAAGUUUGCCACUCCGACAUUGCAGGGGUUCUUAAUGCUCUGGGGUGCCUCUGGGAUGAUGUCGGUGAUAACGAGAAAGCCCGCGUGCACAAGGAACAGGCAGGAGAAGUCACGACGUCUCUAGAGUACUGCGAGCGGGCACUGGGAAUGAUAGAAGGUAUCAACGGGGAGGAUGCGGUGGACCCUAUCAUUGCUGAAGUACUGAGUGAUAUCGCGACAGUCUAUGAAGACCUCAAAGACUACAAACAAGCAACCGAGCUCUACGAGGAUGCGUUAGGCAGGGUCAAAACCUUCCGCGGUGCAAACCAAACACAUCCUGACAUUUCAAAGCUGCUCAACAACCUCGAGACAGUCUGCCAAAAAGCUGGCGAUCAAGAAAAAGCUAACGGGUACCACGAACAGGCACAGGGUCUGAAGGCAGCUGUAGAGGGACAUGAAAAUGCAGAUAAUGACAUCAAGCAGCCCUUAGGAGAAUAG